AUGGUCUGGGCGCAGCUCCCGGACCUUCUUAUUGAGUUCAUUAACGAAGAAGCGGUCAUGAAGAUAGCAUCAUAUAUCGGGAAGCUUAUUCGGGUGGACAUGGCGACUGAAUUUGGAGAACGUGGGAAAUAUGCCCGGGUUUGUGUCGAGGUGGACUUUACUAAGCCCCUACUAUCUCAAUUCAAGAUCGAAGGGGAAGAAUAUCUCAUCCAAUAUGAAGGCUUGGAAAACCUGUGUACUGACUGCGGGAGAUAUGGCAAACCUACCCAACAGUGUGGCUGUAAGGACAUGAACAAUGAUGAAACCCACGCUACGCCAGACAUGGUGCCUGAAACUCAGCCGGAAUUGCGGACGAAGGGUCGGGUUUAUGGUGAUUGGAUGAUCGUUCAGCGUCGAGAAUGUCGAGUGCACAAGCCCAAUACCCCAUUAAACAACCACCAAUUCCCGGUGAAGUAG